UGGACUGCGUCUUUCCUAAUGAGAUAGUGUGGUGAAGAUUCUAUGAAGAUUCCAGAUUCUAUAUAUCUACUACUACAUUACGAUAUAAUUUAGCUAUUCGCACACUUAUCGUUUCUUUUACACAGGUAAACAUAGUUCGAACAUUUGACCUCCAACCGCGUUAGUUGAGAUUCGGGAAACAUGACGAAAUCUAGCGAUGAUAAGAAAGCGUCAAAUCAAUUAAGUGAAACCGAACAGAAUUUUCUGCGUGCAGCUCGAGCUGGAGAUUUGGCUAGAGUCGUAGAACUUUUAAAUGCCGGUGUACAUAUCAAUCUUUCAAAUGCCAUUGGACUGACUGCACUUCAUUUAGCCUCAAAAGAGGGCUAUGUCCGCGUCGUAGAGGAGUUACUUCAGCGUGGAGCAGAUUUCGAUGCCCCUACAAAAAAAGGGAAUACUGCACUUCAUAUUGCCAGUUUGGCUGGUCAUUUUGAAGUAGUCAAAUUACUUUUGGAUGCGGGUGCCAACUUAAACCGUCAGUCAGUUAUUGGAUUCACUCCGUUAUACAUGGCGGCUCAAGAAAAUCAUCUUGAUGUUGUUGACCUCCUUCUUCAACGUGGUGCUAAUCAGGCGUUAACUACGGAGGAUGGUUUCACUCCUCUAGCAGUGGCUUUACAACAAGGUCAUGAUCGUGUUGUUGCACAUCUUUUAGAAAGAGAUUCCCGUAGUCGUGGUGGUAUGCCUGCUCUGCAUAUUGCAGCCAGAAAAGAUGAUGCAAAUGCUGUCAGUCUUCUGUUAAAUAAUGCAGAAGUCAAUGUCAACCAUCAAUCUCAACCUGGAUUCACUCCUCUGCAUAUUGCUGCACAUUAUGGUAAUGUGACUGUGGCACGUCUGCUAAUCGAUCGUGGAGCAGAUGUAAAUUUUCAAGCAAAGAAUAAUAUCACGCCUCUACAUGUUGCCGCAAAAUGGGGUCGUGGUGGAAUGGUUCAGCUACUAUUAAGUGCAAACGCCCUGGUUGAUUGUCGUACACGUGAUGGUUUAACGCCACUGCAUUGCGCUGCAAGGUCAGGUCAUGCAGAACUGGCUUCAUUGUUAAUGGGUGCUGGUGCGAAUCCAUCGGCUAAAACAAGGAGUGGGUUAACACCUUUGCAUAUGGCUGCUCAAGGAAAUAAUGAAGAGGUUGCCCGAGUGCUUAUCCUUUGUGGAGCAAGUGUAGCCGAUAGAACUGGAGAUUCUUUAACUCCGUUACAUGUAGCUGCUCAUUGUGGAAAUGCAGAAGUUGCACGUGUACUAUUAGAUAAUGGAUGUGAUGUAAAUGCUCGUGCUUUAAAUGGCUUUACUCCGCUCCAUAUUGCCUGCAAAAAACAAAAAAUUCGUGUUAUAGAACUGCUUCUACAAUACGGGGCUCAGAUUAAUAUGACAACAGAAUCUGGCUUGUCAGCAUUACAUGUGGCAGCAUUUAUAGGUGGACCAGAGAUUGUUCAACUGUUAAUACAAAAUGGUGCAUUAGUUAAUCAGGCUACAAUGCGAUGUGAAACAGCACUACACUUGGCUGUACGUAAUCGACAAGUUGAUGUCGCUGAAACACUUAUUUAUCAUGGAGCGUCCGUAAAUGCCAAGGCUAGAGAUGAACAAACACCUCUACAUGUGGCAUGUCUAACCGGGACACCUGAAUUAAUCUCAGUCCUGUUAUCUUGCAAGGCUAAUCCCAACCUGCCCGCUCGGGAUGGUUAUACAGCACUGCAUAUCGCUGCAAAAGAAGGUCGCCAUGAUAUUCUGGGACAACUUUUGGAAGCUGGUGCUGAUAUAAAUGCUCGUACAAAGAAGGGUUUUACAGCCUUGCAUUUAGCUGCUAAGCGAGGUCAAGCUAAAGUGGCUAAGCAGUUGAUUUAUGCUCAACCUAAAAGUGUCAACGCCACUGGUCAGAAUGAUUUGACUCCGUUACAUAUAGCUACACAUUAUAAUCGUCUACCUGUCGUACAAUUAUUGCUUGAUAGUGAUGCACAAGUUGACUGCCGAGCUGGCAACGGUUAUACAGCAUUACAUAUGGCAGCCAAACAAAAUCACCUAGAUAUCGCCACACUUUUACUGGCUCAUGAAUCUGAUCACGUACAAAUCGCCAAUGCAUUCUCACGCAGUGGUUUUACACCGUUACAUUUAGCUGCACAAGAAGGUCACACUGAUAUGGUCUCUUUGUUAUUGCAGCAUGGAGCUGAUCCAAAUCACCAGUCUAAGAAUGGUCUUGCACCACUACAUUUGGCAGCACAAGAAGAUCACGUUUCAGUGGCACAAAUUCUAAUAUCAGCUGGUGCACAGAUCAGUCCGUUGACAAGAGCUGGUUAUAGUCCAUUACACACUGCAUGUCACUUUGGACAAAUUAAUAUGGUGCGGUAUUUAUUAGAUUUACCCAAUGCACCUGAUAUUAAUCAACGUACUCAAAUGGGUUUCACACCAUUACAUUUAGCUGCACAACAGUGUCAUUCACAAGUGGUUCGUCUUCUCUUAGAAAUGGGUGCUGAUAGUAACAUUAGAAAUCAGCAAGGCUUAACACCAGCGCAUAUAGCACGUAAACAGCACUAUGUUACGAUAUUCGAUAUAUUGAAAACUGUGACUACAACUGUUGUCAGCUGGGAAGAGGAACGCGAAGAGUUCGAUCAGACUUUGAUGUUGGAACAUCCAGAUUUUAUGCGUGAACAUCCAUUUACUGAAUUCGACGAAGAUGGUGUUGCACCCUCACCGGCUAUUUCGCACAAAUUGCCUAAUAAAAAAACAAAAACUAGUGAGGAUAAUUUGGCUUCAUCUGAUAUGUCUGAUCAAAAAAAUCUUGCUAGCCCUUUCAAUGCAGCAUUCGAUAAUACUAUGAUAACUGAAACUGAGAAUGAUGAUAUUUGGGGACAGUUGGAGUAUAUGCAUACCACGUUAAGUGAUGAGAAUACAAGUGAAUUCAUCGCUACACAGACGAGCUCUAUUCUGGAAACAGUUUCUCCAAAAUCUGUACAUAAUAUUGAAGCUCAAAUGUUUGGAGAAAGUACACAAGCUGGUGGAGAUUGGGACUUAGAAUCCGAGAAUACCACAGUGGUUAAAAGACCAGUUAACACAGGAUUUUUAGUUUCAUUCAUUGUGGAUGCACGUGGUGGUUUAAUUCAAGCUCGACGUUAUCCUGAUCUGAAAAUAUUCAUCCCACCGAAUGUUGUUAAUGGUCCAGUACGUAUUGUCUGUCGUCUUGUUCAUCCUGAGCGUAUGAAUUCACCACCUAUCAUGAAUGAUGGUGAUGGUUUAGCUUGCCGUUUAAUUGAAAUUGGACCGACUGGCAUACGUUUUGCUUCACCUAUUCUCCUAGAAGUACCUCAUUAUGCUUUCUUAACUGGCAAACAUCGUGAAAUUGUUAUUCUGCGUUCAGAUAAUGGUGAAACAUGGAAAGAGCAUCCAUUAGACGCAACAGAUCAAGCUGUUCAAGAUACGUUAGACGGUCAUUUCGAUUAUGCUGGAUCGUUUGAAGAGUUACGCGAAAAAUCAAUCCAUCGAAUAUUAACAUAUGAUCUACCACAGUAUUUUGCACUUGUAACACGUGUUAAACAAGAAUUAAUUCUUAUUGGUCCAGAGGGUGGUACAUUAACAUCUAGUGUAGUACCUGAAGUACAUGUUCGUUUUCCUCAAGGUGCAUUACAAAAACGUAUACGUGUUGGCCUUCAAGUACAUCCAGUUGAUCAUGAACUUGUUGUACGUAUGCUUGGUCCACGUGUUUCUGUAUCACCUAUUGUAACAAUUGAACCACGACGACGUAAAUUUCAUAAACCAAUUACUUUAACUAUACCAUUACCAAAAACAGCUAUUUCAUCAUCAAGUGGUAGUAUGAAAUCUCGUUCAACAGUUGACUCACCUAGUCUUCGUUUAUUAUGCUCAAUCACUGGCGGUUCAUCACCAGCUGUUUGGGAAGAUAUUACUGGCAGUUCUCCAUUAUCUGCACAUGAUACAGCAGUUUCAUUUACUUCUACUGUAUCUGCAAGAUUGUGGCUCGUUGAUUGUCCUAAUAUAACUGAAGUUGUUGAAUUGGCCAGUCGUGUCUAUCAUGAAUCGUUAGCAGUGCCUUAUAUUGGACAGUUUGUAGUGUAUGCGCGUCGAUUCCAUUCUGAAGAAGCUCAACUACGUUGUUUAUGUCUUACUGAUGAUUCUGCAGAAAAAACACUUGAAUUACAAGAAGGAUUUCAACGCAUAGCUACAGGGCCAUGUAUUGAGGUUCUUGAUGAUCAUCCGCAUUGGAUUGAAACAGCUGGAAAUUUAGUUCCAGUUGCUAAAACUGAAGAACAAUUACAAUUGGGAAUGCAUGCUUUCCGUGAGAAUCGGCUAAAUAUGAUUGUACGUGUCAAAGAUACCUCCCAACCAGCUGUUGGAAAAUUAGCCUUUAUGCGCCAUCCUCGAGCUGUUCUGCAGUCUGCUGGAUCGCCUAUAAAACCAGCGACAGUUCUAGAAGCUCAAUUACCAGAGGAAUUGGGUGAAUAUCCACCAGGUGCUGUUUUAAAAACGACUGAUAUUGAUGACAUACCCUCAUAUAUUCCUGAGUAUAACGGACAGACUGGCUAUCAGGGUACCACAUAUACUCAAUCUGUUCCACAAGUAUGGACUACUAAACAAGAUCAAUACAGUGAACCAAUUGGUAAAUCAGAACUCGAUUUACGACAAGUUGCUUAUUGUCUGAAAUCUGAUUGGAAAAUUUUAGCUCAAUGCUUAGGCUUAUCUGAUGAAGAUGUUUAUAAUAUCACUUCAUUGCCUAAUCGACCGGAUGAAGAGUACGCUUAUACUAGUCUUCUAUUAUGGCAAGAACGUACUGGUAAUAAUCCAUUUUCGGGCACACAACUCUCUGAAGCAUUACAGGCUAUUGGACGUAGAGAUGUAUUAGAACAGUGUAUGACUAAUGUAUCACCUGUUAUUUCGAAAGAUGAACGUACAACAGCUUUACGUUCAUUGAAUGGUAUUGCCUCUAUGUCCCCGAACUUAAGCAUGCAUCGUGAACAACGUUCUCAUUCUAAGCAAGGAGAUGGUUUAAGUGAAUCCGUUGAUACAGGAUACGGUACGCAGUCUGGUUCAACUAAUUUAGCGACUACAACAACAUCGGCACCAGCAACAACACCUGUAAUCACAAAACCAAUAUCACCAACAGGUGAUACACUAUCCACUUCGGACAAUGUGAAUAAUUCUAAUUUACAUGAAGUUGAACAAGAAAUAAUACAACCGGUUACAGUAAAAACUGGUCGUGUAUUCUAUUCUGACAAAAUAUUAGAACCAGUAGAGAAUAAGUCUAAUGAUCGGCAAGAUGAGAAGUAUGAAGUUUUAAAAAAAGUUGAAAGUGUACUCUCAGACAGUCCGAGUUCAUCAUUACUUGAAGAAGAUAAAAGUUCUAUGUAUACUGGACCUGCAGUUGAUGAAGAAGUGGUCGUCCCCAUGCAGAAUACGCGUGUUGCAAGUCAUCUUGACGAAUCAGGGAAACAAGAAUUCGAUACAUCACGAUCAUAUCCUCAUGUUUCUGGCCACAUGGAAUCAUCUCAGUCAUCUGAUACGGAAACAGUCAUCACUAAUGAGAAGUACAAACCGCUAUUAAGUGAAACAAUGACUAAUAAAAGUGCUGAAGUUGAUGUGAAUGUUUUACCUUCACAUGGUAGUGGUGGUACUUUACAUGAAGAUAAAACAAGUGAACUGGUUUGUAAAACAUUAAAAGAUGGUACACCAUGUGAACAGAUUUUUGCACGUCAUUAUCCGAGAUGUGGAGAACUUGAAGCUACAUGGGGUAGAGGUGCAGAUCGUGAUAUACCAUUGCAUGACACUGAUAAAAUGCAUGUUGAUGAGGGAGAUAGAGAAGUGUGUAAAACACCAUCAAGUGAUUCACCAUGUGAACAAGAAAUCUGUGCACAUCACCAUCCAAGAUGCGGUGAACUUGAGGCUACUUGGGGUAGAGGAGCAGAUCGGGAUGUACCACGAGGUACCAGUCCAGGGAGAAUUGAUGAAAAGCCUGAAGAAAUCCCUCCAGUUACAGUAGCCAUAUCAUCUGAACAAUUAGCGCAUACAAUGCAUCAUCAAGCAGUUGAUCAGACUGGAAUUACUUCGAGUAAAUCUGAUAAUUCAAGUACCAUAUCUACUCAGGAAAAAACAAUACAACCGGCAUCUUCGUCAACUUCAGUUAUCUCCAAACACCAAAAACCAAAUGAAGACGCAAAUAUGCCUCAGUUUAGUGUAUAUAACUUCCUAAAGUCUCAUGACAGUAUUGUUAAGGAUACUGGUGAUGCUAAUAACUAUCCGGUUAAUCGUUCUACUAAAGAUAGACAAGAGCAAGAGGAAGAAGAGGUGCAGGAAGAGGAGGAGGGAAUAGACGACUAUGAAUUCCCUGAUAGAGUUAUUAUCAUACCAAGCGGUGAAUAUCGUGAAACAUCUGAAAGCACAGAACCACCGUAUGGUGAUUAUGAUACAUUUUAUAAUGCACUUAAUGAUAAUGUAUUACACUGCCGACCAUUACUACAACCACUGACACCAAUCCCAGAGACAUCAGAAUAUUCAACAAGAUCAUCAAUAGCCAGUGUAAAUCCAUUUAAAAGUUGGCAAAGUAGUGAUUUAAGUCCAUCAGAAUCAUUUGAAAAUCGUUCUGGACUAUCACGUCGAUUACUAUAUCCAUACAUUCAGCCAAAUCGUUCAUCACAUGAAUCGUUUGGUGGUCCUGAAAAGUCUUUAAAAAAUCCAGUUAUGUCUGUACGCAAUAUACCUUCUAAUCAUACAGAAUCUGAUCGUGCUCGACGUUCCUAUGAAAGUCAUUCAUCUGAUGGUCACGACGGUAAUGCAGACUUGACAGGCUCUCUACGCACACAUAGCAGUCGUUCAUCUUUAGCGGAAUUUUUACGUUUAGAAACAUCAUGUGAUGGUAGUCGUGGUGAUCUGUGCUAUGAAGAAGAACGACAACUCAUACUCAGUCAGCAUGAUUUAGCUUUACAAGAACUUAUUCAAAGUAUCCAAGAUCUACAAAGAAAACAUUUAGAUGAAACCACUAGUGGUGAUGAUGGUGUCAGUGGUCGUGGUGGUUUGGCUACAUUAGCUAGUGCAGAUGGUAGUUCUAGUAGUCACAUAGCCAUGGGAUCUAAUGAUGCCGACUCUCACGGUGUUGAAACAACUGGAAAUCUAGGUGAAAAGGAUUUAUCAUUGUCAUCAUCGGUUCCAUUAGUAUCAGCAGCACUACCGCAUCCCAGAAAUACCACAGUUAAUGGAGAAAAAGAUAGGGUUUGUAUGAGUAAUACUAGUUUAAACUCUCGUUUACCACCUUCAUUAAGUAGUAGUAGUAGGUCGUCUGCUCAUUCGACAAGUGUCUCGGAUAAUUCUGCCUCUGUCCAUUCUGCAAAUCAUGCUAACCAACGUCAUCUGCCAUCAAGCUAACUAACUGAAAUGCUUUAUUUUUUGUCAUGAGGUUUAUUUCCCUUUUUCAUGUAAGUGAAAUUGUACUUAUGUGUACACGCGUUUCAUAUAUAUAUGUAUACUUUUUGUCAACUAGCAUUUCAGGUUUAACAACCACAAUUCCUAUUGUGAUUGUUAUGAUUGAUGAUUUUGACGUUAACUGGAUUAGUUGCUGUCAUUUGGUUAACUACUACUUUGAAAAACAGUUAUUUUAGCUCCUAUUCUAAACUUAUUCAUCAUUGUUUCGUACUAUAAAUCAUUUGUGGAUACAAUUUUAGAAUAAUAUAAGUUUCUUGGUAAACUCUGCCCCAUGUCACUACACUUAAAUACAGUUAUUUAAUACUUACAAAGUAAACAAGCAGAUGUAGUUAUUUGUCCAGUGUUAUCACUCUCGACUUAUUGCAGCAUAGUUGAUUGCCUUCAGAAUUAUUGCCUUAUUUUAGGUAUUCUGAGUAGACUGAAGUAUGUGUAAUCUUUCGGAAAUUUCGAUAUUUAGAGGAAAAGAAGGAUCUAUUGAAUAUUGUCCAGCCUUGUGUUGUUCGUCCUUAGUCAACAUUAUCUAACUUCGUGUAGUAAAAAAGGUGCCACUGAAAUGUCUUUUUGUUUAAAAAAAAUGCAAAGUAGUAUAUAUAUAUUUGCUUACUCCAAUGAGUCGCAGUUUGCUUAGUGACUCUUGUUGAAUUUUAUUCAGAUAUAUAAGGAGAGCAUACAACGUACGUACAACCAACCACUACGAUUAUCAUUAAAGGAAAUAUGUCAUUUCGCAAAUUCUCUUGGUUGUUUCGCUUGUACUUUCGUUCUGUUAACGGAAAAAAUAGUUAUCUUUGGCAGUUGCCACUGGUACUUAAUGUGUUCGGAAUCCACUACUAUAUAUAUAUGUAUAUAUAUAUAUAUAUAUAUAUUGCUGACUUUCUGAAGCAAAACUCUCCUAGAACCACUUUUUCCUUUGUUAUCUAGUGACAUCUGGGUGUGUCAUUUAACAAAGUAGUCAGCAUCCUGCCAGUGAAUCGGCAGAAAUUAGAAUUCAUGGACCGUUGUAUCGGGUCCCAGUGGCCUUAUGGUGUACGAGCUUGCCUUGUACCCGGAAGGUCCUGGGUUCGAACCCUGGGGAGUGCGUACUGAUGAGGAGUCCUAAACCACAGCGAAACAGAACUGUCCAGUACUCCCAGACAGGUUCUCCUGCUGAUAUCAACUCAUGAUGAAAUCCUGUACCCGAAUGCAGCAUCUGUUGGCCCGUGAUCUUGUCUUGGCCUACUGGAAACAACUAACACCAGACAUUAUAAAAUAUGGUGUUCGUAGGGAAUAAAGUGACCGGUCGAAAUCCAAUGAGUAUUGAAUAAGGAGAUUCACUUUUAUUUGUUGACUAAUCGUGUUUUCAGCCAUUACACUGUAUUUAUUUCACUAUAUUCAUUCUUCCAUCUUUGUUUUGAUCACUUAAAAUUUGCUUUUAAAACAGUGAUGAUUACUGAACAUGGAGCCUUUUUUUGAUAAAGUCUUCUUUAAGUUUGGAUCUAUUGACAAAAGUAAUAUAUUCAAAAUGUGAGAGUUUUACACCUGAAAAGUGUAUAUGAGUUGUUAAUAAUAUCUUUUGUCAAUGGCUACUAAAAUCAUGAGGGAGUAUAUAUAUAUAUAUAUAUAUAUAUAUAUAUAUAUAGGGUAAGCAGUCAUCUGCUUUAGACGUUAAUUGUCAUUUCCUGUGCGCAAAACACACCUCAUGAUAUAUUCGACUGUCUUUUUAGUGUUACAUUACUGCAUAGUGUCAUAUAUAUUCACUUGUGUUGGAACUAUCUGUAUCUCAGAUACACCUUCUCCGGUAUAAAACUCUCAUUCUUUGUUCCGAGUAAUAUUCUGUGCUGUGAAGACGCUAUAGUUGUUCUUCUUGUUAACUAAUUUGUAUAACACCCAAAGGGGAAAGUUUAUCGAAAAAAAAUGUUUUCUGUUUGCUUGUUCACCAAUCGUUGUUUUCAUUUAUAAUGGGAAUUUUUAAACCAAUAAAGUAUUAUUUAUUUACUUAUUCACUAAUACACUCGAUUAUUUUUGUUGUCGGUAUUUUUACAUCUAGGCGAUGAAUAAGUGAUUGAUCGGCUGUUGCUGGUGGUCGUGGUAGUGGUGGUGGUGAUGAUGGUGGUGAACGAGUUCAAACAAUACACGUUUAAUGUUCAUAUAUCUAAAAUAUACUGUUAAUUGUGUUUGAUCGUGUAUUAUUAAUUGUCGCUUUCAAUUGCUCUUUCUUUCUUUCUUUUGUUGUUAUUGUUUUUUUGUUUUGAUUAUAAUAUUCUGUGAAUAGUGAAAAAGUUUAUUGAAGUAACAAUGGUAUUAUACUACACCUUAGUAGCAAUUUGAAAAUAACCAGUAUCAAUCCAGUCGUAUUCACGCUUUUGUUUCGGUUUUUAUUUCGAUUGAAGUUUUUUAUGUUUUGUUUUCUUCCUCUGAGUGUUAUCUCUUCAUCAUUUUGCGAAAAAGGAAUUACCUCUUAUCGGUAAACUUCUUUUUCUUGCAUUAACAAUAACUGAAUAUACACAUAUUAUACAUAGAUUCGUAUUCGUGUUUCCUUCCUUUUACGGAAUAAAGGUAAUUUAAAAAAAGAGUAGUAGUUAUAAAUAGUAAAGAGAGAAGUGACGUUGCAUACUUAAUUCAUAAUCCAUCGCCGCCGACGACGACGACGAAUACAUGCGGGGAGAAAGGUUCACUUGCAUUGUGUACUUCUGAAUUGAUUUAUGUAUGCGGUUUCUUUUCCACCAUUGUCUUGAAGGGACUUUCUUUAUGAUCCAUCUUACUGAAUUUUUAUUCUUGUUCGGUGGAAGUUGGUUCUCAUUCUCAUUUCUUUUUUUUCGAUUAAUGUGCACAUCUGUUCUUAUCUGUAUGUGGAUGAAUAUCAAAGGACUACUGGUGUUUUGUGUGUUUGUGUACUUUUAUUGUUGUUCUAUGAUCCUCUCUCCUUUUCUUCUUCUUCUUCGCUUUCUACAACAAACCUUACACAAUUAUACUUCUUCAUUAUCGUUAUACUGUGGUGUUCUUCUUUUCUGUUGAGUAUUUGAAAAAAGUCAACUCACAUCCUCCGGACAAUUUAUUAUUAUUGCACAACCGAAAUUUAGUUAAAACAUAUAUGGAUACUGAACUGGUUAAAAAAAAACUUUUCUUUCCACACAUUGUUUUGUGUAUACACCAAAAGCGACAGGGUGGGGAGGAAUUAUAGCAAAAAUACUUUUUUAGUAUAUAUAUUUCAUUAUCAGAAUAACUGUUUCUCCCCUGUUCUUCAUUUGUUCAACUUUCUCUGCUUAUUUGUUUUUCUUUUUUCUCUCGCUCUCCAUGAAAUCUCUUCUUUUUGUUUCGUCGUGCAUGUUUACUUUCUCUUCUUUUUUGCACCGGCUUUUCCAGGUGUGUGUAAUGAAUGUAUUAGCGUGAUGUAUGUAGGCAUUUUUGUUGCAUACAGAAGUGCAUAUGAUGUAUGACGUAAUAAUGAUAAAUGGAGUGACUAAUUGUUAAUCUAAUUCCUAAUAUUUGUUUGAUUCAGUAAUAACAGUAUAUAUUUGUGUGUGUGUGUGUGUGAAUCUUAUUCCUGCUUUGUCCUCUCAAUAUUAUGAUUAUUGUUAUUACUAGUAGUAUAUAGUAUUAUAACUUUAUUCCGACUGUUACACUUUUGGAAACGGUCCUCUUUGUCCUUCAUCUUCAUUUGUGACAAUGAAGGUGUUUUGUGUUCUUUUUCUCUUUUUCAUGUUUUGGAUUCAGUUCCACUUAUAUAAUAUCGUUUUCUUUUUAUAAGUCAAUAAAAAAAUACUAU